AUGCCGGCAACUCCUCUCCCUAUUUGUCAAAGAGAUGAUAAUGCUGACGGUGAUAAUGCUGACGGUGAUAAUGGUGAUGGUGAUGAGGAUGACGAUUGCGAUGACGAUGGGUGGAGGCGUGAUGUUGAAGAUGACGGUGACAACGACGGUGAUCAUAGCGAUGAUGAUGACUAUGAUUUUGAUGUUGAUGGUGAUGACGAUGGAGAUGACGAUGUCGACGAUGAUGAUGAUGAUACUGAUGAUGACAGUAUCAAUGAUGAUGAUGAGGCGCAAAAUUUAAGGUUUUUGAUGAGCAUGUCAGCUUGCUGUUGUCAAAACUGUUAA